AUGGCGAGCAUAUUCCGACGCAUCUACGACUGGCUGCUCCGUCUGUUCUGGGCGACGGAGAUGGAUAUCACCAUGAUAGGUCUGCAAAACGCUGGCAAAACGUCGCUGUUGAGGGUUCUGGCGGGAGGAGAGUUUACUGUCGACUCCAUCCCAACUGUUGGUUUCAACAUGAAGCGUGUCCAGAAAGGCCAUGUUACCCUGAAGUGCUGGGAUCUUGGAGGUCAACCGAGGUUUCGUUCCAUGUGGGAGAGGUAUUGCCGCGGCGUGAAUGCAAUCGUGUUCAUCGUUGACUCCGCUGACAAGGAAGCUCUGCCGGUUGCGCGCGAAGAACUAAAACUUUUGUUGGAGAAGCCAGCUUUGGAAGGUAUCCCCCUUCUCGUCUUGGGCAACAAAUCGGAUCUUCCGAGUAAGCUUUCGGUGGACGAGUUGAUCGAAGAGCUCGACCUAAAAGCAGUGUCGCACCGAGAGGUGAGCUGCUACGGCAUCAGUGCCAAAGAAGAGACCAACCUCGAUGCCGUUCUCCAAUGGUUGAUUGCUCGAGCAAGCAAGUAG